AUGAGCAGCAGCGCAAGCGGCACCAGCGCGAACGCGAACGCACCGGCGCUCGACAUCAACGAAUUCCUCGAUAUUGCUGAAUUCAACCGUGGCCUCGCCACAAUCUUCAACAUGGACCUCUUCAACACCCCAGUCAACGAGACUUCCGAUGAGAUCCACUAUAAUACCUUCGUUCUCGCCCAUCGUCUCGAGCUGCUUGGAUCAUUCCAAGAAGACUUUGAGGAUUGGGAGGAAGACGACUUCAAGAAGGUCGAUCAAGGGUCCAUCACGGCAUUCCUAGUAAAUCUGAAGAACCGUGACCGACUUCCUGAGUGGGAUGAAGACGAUCUUCGUGAUGCCAUCUUAUACGAGAAAACGGCCGCCUACCGACGCCAACAAGAACUCCUCAGACGAUCGCCAUCGCUAGCAACAACCCCAGCACCAACCCCAGCACCAACCCCAGCACCAGUCACUCCCGAUCUAAACCUCCCGCAAGACCCCCAAUGA